AUGCAGCUUCGACGAUUCUUGCUCUUGGGCAUGCUCCUCGGAGUGGAGGGCUCCAAGAUCGCUGCUCGUCAAAAUACAGACAGCAGUGCUGCUGCCACCACAGCCGACAGUUCUCCUGCGACUACAGCUGAAGCCGACCCUACAACUGAAGAUGCCGCUGCAACUACAGCUGAGACCGACCCUACUACCGCUGCCGAACCUACCGCCGAUGCCACGACCGCUGCUGACCCCAGCACCGAAGAGACUACAGCUGAUGGCACAACUACAGCCGAAGACGUUAUCGUAACCAAGACGGUAACCGUCACUGACUCUGACGCCAAGACUGUCAGCCGUCAGACCACUGUUAUGCGAACCAUCACUUCCACUGUCGUCAUUACAUCCACCGCGUUCGAGACCGAGACUGUUACUAGCAGAGACGCUAAGACCGCGACAGAAACGACUUAUGUGACUUCUACCAAGUGGGCAAACGAGAAGCGUGCUAUUGAUCUGGCCCCCCGAACUAUUGGCGGUGCUGAGCUUGUUGCUCCUCCUGCCCCUACACACACUACCAUCCCUCCCAACUUCGACGGUGCUAUCCAUGGUGAACACUACGGUCUUCGCGCUUUCCGACGAGGCCUUCACAAGCGUGCCACGUCCACCACAACCGUCACUGUCACUGAGGGUGACGAUACCGAUACCACCGUCUUCAACACUAUCUCUCGAACUGUCAUUUCCACCAUCAGCAGCGCGACAAAGACCACCAAGACCAUCACCGAGACCGAGCAAGCCGAUGCCAGCACUACUACUACCGUUACAAGCACCCUUGUCGUUACCUCUACCCGAGUGACGACUGGUGUUGUUGUCACCGCGACCGUUGCUCCUUCUGGAGAGUAUGGAGCUGCUGGUACCGGUGGUGCCAGCUCUGACAACAACGACAGCAGCAGCAGCAACAGUGGUGGCAAUUCUGGCCUUUCUACUGGUGCCAAGGCAGGUAUUGGUGCCGGUGUUGGUGUUGCUGGCCUCGCCUUUCUUGCCGGUCUCGUUUGGUUCUGCCUCCGCAAGCGCCGCAACGACAAGAACAAGGCUGAGUAUGACGAUGUAUUUGGUGCAUCCGAGGUUCCUGUUGGUGGCCGUGGUGGUGGCGGCGCUGCUGCCGGUACCAGCCCCCAUAUGUCUCAGGCUUCCCCCGCCACUGCCUCUACAAUGGUUCCCAGCCGCAACACUACCAAGAGCUCGAACCUUGAAGGCUACCGCGGCACUGCCCUCGGUGAUGGACGUGCUGGCUUCGCCAAACCUCAACAGUUUGGACGUAGCUACAUGCCCGUUAGCCCCGAGACCAACUACUCCCGCACUGCCGGCAGCGACCAAGCAUUCUCGGCCGUCACUCCCGAGAACAACUACUCUCACCCUGCUGGAGGCUCUCCCCAGCACAACGCUGCCGAGAUGUACAGCCCUGCGAACACCGCCGAGCUGGCAAAUGACAGCGCGGCUACCAAGUGGCAUCAAAACGAUGCUGCUGAGAUUGACGGCAACCAGGUGUCAAGUACCCGUGGAUCAGCACCCCCUGAGCACGUAUAUGAGAUGCCCGCGCAAACCUACCGAUAA